ACUCUGAGAAGUGCUGACUCGAUUCUGAGAGGAUACUUCCACCGAGGGAGCAGGCAGGCAUGCGGGCAGGGAGCAGAGACGGCCGUCCACACGGCUGGAUGGACGGGUGUUGGUUGGAGAAGACGGAAACCUGCGGGGGGGUUGUUCUCGGCUCAGAUGGGAACCAUCGGCUAUCGAGUCUCUUUACCUGUUUUUGGACUUCGAACAGGAGAAAAGUGAAGAUGCAGUGCUUCAUUUCGAGUCCACAUGUCAGUGACGAGGCAAGUUUGGGCUUGUUCUGCUAUCCGUUGUGAAGCGUUCAUUGGGAAUUCGAUUUGGAAAACUUUGCGUUUUUCAGCGCGACAUCAACACCGCUGCUGAUUCAACAUCAACCAAGAACAUUCAGAACAAUGCUGUGCUUCGUAUCACUUCUCACUCUGUGGCUGCUGUUCUCGACAUUAGCCGAGGUCACCAGGAGGAGGGUCUGUGUCUCCUCACCCCAGGGGAGAAUGAAUCAUGACGUCAGUGGUGCUGGUUGACACUGGUGGAACGAUGGUGGAGUAUGUCACAGCUGAAGAAGAUCCUCAGCAGCACGAGGGAUUGUAUGAGGCCGAUGCGGAGCUGGAAGGAGAGGUGGAGGAUGAGUGUGAAGCAGAGGAGGUCUGUGAGGAGCUGGAGGAAGUAGAGGAGGCUGACGAGGACCUAGCAGUCAUAGUGGAGGAGGUGCCCACGGCUAGCCGGCUGGAUGAGCAGGGUUACCCCGCCCAGGUGGUGAUGUAUGGGGAUGAAGCCUACGUCAUGCAAGAGUUGGAGGCGGAAGGAGAAGGAGUGGAGGCUUCUGGUUACAGCAGCGUCCACUGCUCUGACAAAACUAUCGAGGCGGCAGAAGCGCUGCUACACAUGGACUCACCAUCCAGCCUCAGAGAAGACCGCAGCCCAGAAGCUUUUACGCCACAAAGUGAAGCUGCACCAGACUUCCUCCAUGCUGCCAUGCGGCCCGACGUGAUUGGAGAAACGGAGGUGGAGAUUACCACUGAGGACUGCUGCGAGGAGGAUGAGGAGGAGGACGAAGAGGAGGAGAUGGUCACCUCACUAGAAGAGCCAGAACCCGACAACGAGCCUGUCAGAAAGAAGCGAGGUGCACAAACCCGCCGUUUGUUUCCUCCUCUUUUUUUUUUCUUUUUCAUGUUACACUGUUUGAGCUACAAAUACUAUUAGAUUUGGUGUUUGUGCUAAAACCUGAAAAUAUGGAUCAUGAGCUCCAAUCCUAUUAUGUAAGCGCACCAUCUAGUGGUCAGCUAGAGCAGUGGUCCCCAACCUUUUUACCACCUUGACCCCCACUCCCCACCCCGAUUGUCACAGAUAGCUGUCGCUUGCGAUAAUCCUAACUGAUCCUCCGGUACUGUGAGGGACCGCUCCGAUCUAAAAUUGGGCAUAUUCAACGAUGUUGAAUAUGUCUGUCGCAGACUGUGUGGUUUUCCCUGACUGUGAGCGAGAACGCAGCCUGUUUAAAUGUGACAGGUAGCCAAUAAGAAAGCGCGGUGAUGUAAGAACGGAGGGGAAUCCCAAACAGCUGACUGAGAACCCGGUCAAGUGGUUAAUGCAGCAAAUAGAGCGGCUGCUCACACCGUCAUUUAUCCAACACUUUUUCUUUUUGUUGCGUCUUUUAUGGCUUAAAAUGAGUCCACAAACUAUCACUGUUUCUAUAUAGUCAUCCAUGUUUGUUCAUAUUUAAUUCACCCAUGGUAUGUUGGGGAUUUUACGGGAUUUUCUACUGGAAUCGGGAUGUUCAUGACUGGAAUCGGUUCGUGUGUGGUGUGUUGCUCCUGCCGUGUGGCUGGACACACCAACUGACCAAACCUGUUGUACGUCACCUCGUGUGUGUGUGUGUGUGUGUGUGUGUGUGUGUGUGUGUGUGGUCACAGAGGUUUGGAAAUCGGCCGACAAUUCUUAAAUCAUGCACCAAUACGUCACCAUUGGUCCACGGACCGGUACUGGUCCGCAGCCCAGGGGUUGGGGACGACUGAGCGAUAGCCAUUAAGUCCAGUCCCUGGACCAUGAUCUAAUAGGAAUCUCAUAGGGGUGACGUCAACCGUCCUGUUUCUGUGGUAAAACCAAGAAUAAAGUGCCAUCGUUCUGGACUUAAGUUGGAGCAGAAUG